AUGCCUCUUAGUAUUCCAACAUCCUGUCAACAACGUGGAAGAGCGAAAAAUUGUCAAGCUGAAAUUAUAAUCUAUUAUAAUGAUCGAACAUAUGUUGUAAAAUUUAGUAGAUCACCUGUUAGUCACUAUUAUCGAUCACUUCAUAUUAUACCGAACAGUGUUUUAUCUUACACAACUGAAUAUUCUUGUUCUGAUAAUGAUAAUUGUGCAAUCGACUUUGCCAGCAAGAAAGUGCUCGAUCUUUCUAAUCGAACGUACAAUAUUGCCAGUGUGACUGAUCAUUUAAGUAAUCUUCUUCUUGAACACCGACCACCUUCUGAUCCAGAACUUCGCUGUUACAAUAAUGAAGAAUGUGUCAAGGGUGUAUGUCAAACCCUCUAUAAUAUCCGUACUAGCACAAUGCGUGGAAAAGGCUGUUUAAAGAACACUACCGCACAAGUGCUUGUGCUCGAUGGCAGUUUUGAUCCUUCACUGAGCAUUGUGUGUAAUCGAACGAGAUGUAAUUCGCCCGAAACUUACAACAAAGUGAAAGAAAUUCUCUUUCGACACAAUCUUACUGAUAUCAACGGUCGACUUAAUGGUGGACAAAAAUCAUGUGUAUCCGCAUUUCUUCUAAUAGUUACGCUUCAUUUAUUUGUUUUUCUAUGUAACGGAUUUUUCUUUUAA